UUCCCAGUCAGGAUGAACUUUGAGAAGCUGAUCACGCUUGUUUCAAGUGCUUUGAUUAUUGGUAAGGUCACUUUUUAGAUUAUAAUUCCAUGUCUUAGUAUGUUUUAAGGCGCACUAACUGCAUUAGCGUCCUAAACCUUCGACUAUUCUGGAAUAAUCGGAAUAUUCCUUUAUUUUAGUGGAAGUGUUCACGAUCAAAGCCCCUACUUCUUGUAUGAAAACAUCUGCAAGAAGAAUUUUAUUAGAUGUAAAUAGGUACUCUUGAGAUGCUGGAUGCUAUUUGUUUUAAAAAAUCUUUUUGAUCAGCCGCGCCAUGGUUCUGGCAGCGACGUUUUUGAGCGACGCACGUCAACCGGAAGUGAGCCUUUUGCUCUUUUAAUAAGCCUUGACGCUACCGUAUUUAUAUUGCCAAGUGUCUUCAUUCUUAUAGAGACAAUCUGCCCAAACAUUUGUUCAAAAUCACGGCUCAAGAGUGCAAAACGUCCAUUUCCGGUUGACGUGCGUCGCUCAAAAACGUCGCUGCUUAAGCUCCCUAAUAGCUGGACUCUAGAGGUGUAUGUUCAGUCUGAUAAACCGUAAACCUGGAGCUUAUUAUUUGAAUGGAACAUAAAACUGUUUGUUGUAGUUUAUUAAUUAAGACUUAACAUAGUCUUACCACAAUAUUCUAACUUAAUGUGAUAUAGACUUUGAUAAAGAAGAAAGCAUUAAAUUUGAAAGCCACAAAUGAAAAUUCACUUAAUUUCAUAAUGGAGCUUAAUUACCAUUUAUUUUGUUUUAAACCUACAAUAGCCACUCAGUAUUGAGUGUUUGGGCAAAUGAUCCAGUUUGUUUCAAAUGUUUCUUGUCAUGUUUUCUGUAAAAUGAACCUUAGGCAGACACCUUUAAACAUUUUAAAAAAUGGACACCAGUAAAGGUCCCACAGCUCACUGUUGUACUUUGAAUGUGUACAAUGUGAAUGUGUAAUCCAGGAGGGAAUGUGGAUAUGAAGAAAAUGUGAAUUUCUAUCAGUUUAUCCCAGUAGGGAAGUACGUGUUCGUAGGGUGUAGAAAAAUAUGAUGUCACUGAGAAAUAUCCAAAUUCUUAAUAAUUAAAAUUUGGAGUGUACCCUUGUAGGGACCUGGUAACUAGGGUGUUCACUUCCUGUAUGAUAACCUCCAUUAAUGGUACAAUCGCAGGUAAAAUUAUUUCUGUAACAACAAAAAAGCAAAGGGGAUUAAAACUCGCUUCCAAUCAACUCACAAUUGAUGUCAGAAUGAGAAUAAAAAAAUAUUGAUGGCUUUCUCUGUCAUCCAGGGGUGAUUUUGUGAAUUAUGCAACAACAAUCUUGUACCUCCAUGACGUUAUAGUUUACAGCAGAAUUUGGGAGAAUUUUUAUGAUACGAUAAACAUACUACCAUCUUAAGGGCAGCAUGUGUAAUAUUUUUGGUUACUUUUGACCUCUGCAAAUUUAUUUAUACCAUAAUUUGGCAAAACGUCAUGUAUUAUAAUUGCACAGUGUCACUAGGUGGAGAUAAAUAAAAUAUUUCAACAAUUCUUUCAGAGUUCGUGGUGAGUGCAUGGUCAUUGUUAUAGACUUAGGAUUGAUUAAGGUUUUAGACCUAGCUUGUUUGUUUUGGGUAUUUUAAUGCUGAUCUUUAACCCUUUAAGUCCCAAUAGUGACCGACAGCAAAUUUCUCCUAAUAAUAUCUAUACAUUGUCAUGAGAUUAGGAUAUGAGAAUUAAUAAAAUGAUCACCUAAGAGAAAAUACUUUGAUCUUUUAUCAAUAAUAUGUAUUAUAUUAUUUCUCUUAACUAAUUCGUAAACGAAAUGUGUAGAGAUCAGUUGGGAGAAUUUGUAUGUGGAUAUUGGGGCUUAAAGGGUUAAUUUCUAUCUGUUUUUCACUUUUAGUUGUGUUGAGCCCCACAACAGUUGGAGGUAGGUCCUGGCCGGUACAAUUUUUACAUAAAACAAAUCACAAGACAAAGUUUUUAUGAUAUCUGCACUCUCCCUGACCUUGAUUGUUUUGGAUAUCACAAAAAUCAAAUCUAAUAAUAAUCUGUUUUAUCAUUAUUUCAUUUCUUUAAAGCACCACAAACACUGCCAUACAAUUGUAAAUGCUUUUGCCAACUUGCUCACAUUUUAAUUAAUAUUAUUUGCUGAUAGAUACGCCUAACUGCUGUACUCAGUUGAACAUUCCAUCAGAAUGUCAUUUUCUUUGUGGAGUUGGCAGUCAGCCAUUUUGGACAAUAGCAAGAUGGAAGUGUACCCACAAAUACUUCGCAAAAGUGGCAACAUGUAAAGUUAAUAAUAAAAUCAGUAAGUACUUACUGCAUGCCAGUAUUAUGAGCUGAUUGCUUUUCUUAGAGUACGCUGAAAUUUUUGUGUUGAUGCACUGAUCUGCAUUGUUCAUGUAAUUUUUUGCUCUAAGAUCAAUGCUCUAAGUUUUUAAAAAUAUUUUUAUCAGACUAUGUCAAGUUGUUUGGCCAAGAACUCACACAGUCGUAAGUACAAAUUUUAAGAUGAUAACUAUAAUCUAUGAUAUGUUGCUGUGAAAAGUAUAUAUGGUGUUUAUACAGUAAAACCCCACUACUAACUAAACCUGGAUUUUUCCAAAGCUAAACAAGUUGUUAUAUAAAUGGUAGGUAGCACAAGUAUAGACUAUUUAGGUUCUUAAAUAGGUUCUUAUUUUCUGAAGAAAAAAAUACAAUGUGGCUAAGAGGAUUUUAUGGUUCAGCUUAUUCCUCUUAUAAAAUCUGCAUACCAAAUAAGUGUAAAAAUGAACAUAAAAAGAAGAACUGUAUGUAAUUUGUAAUUGUAUCAGUAACAAUUUUAUUUGAUUUAAAUAUUGGUAUUACAUUGCAGUUGGAGUGAUAAGGCACUAUGUCUCCAAAGAGGAUUCUAAAUGACCUGAUCUAAUAUAAUUAUGCCCAAGUGUGCAGAAUUUUUCAUAGAUAAUAGAAAAUAAGAACCUAUUUCAAACAGGUUCUUGCAUUAUAGAGGGGGCUUUAACUGGCAAAUUUUAGCCUUAAUAACAGGUUCUUAAGACCCAUGUUCUUAGCCUUAUGGACAUUUUACUGUAACUGUUAUAGCUUGACAUUACAUGUGCAUUAAUUAAGUUAAUAUAAAAUUUAGGUCAAUACAAAUAAAUGAUAUUUAGUUAAUUUCUUUCCAGUACUACUUGCAAUGCGCAUAUACAUGAGGGUAAAAGAUAUUUAGAAUAGACAGACUCUUAUGUUAUGUUGAAGAAUGUAAUACCCUAUGACGAAAACUUAAUUUCGUGAGUUCUCAAAAGUAAUAAUUUUCCACAAAAGAAUCCUGCCCUACUCCUAUUUCCUCAUGAUUGAUAAGAAGGGAAAAGAAAGAAUUGAGAGAGAUUAAUCUGCUAUGCAUAUCACCAACUAAUGUAUGUGCAGUUUGAAUAACAGUUGUAAUAUAGCUACAAUAAAUAGUUUCUUAUAUUUAAGUUACUCAGUUAGUAUAUGUUCACCUAAUAUGUAAAGUAUGGCAGGAUUUUGUUCCAUGUCACAUGAUGUUCUCUGAUAAUAUUUGUUUCUAUGUGAAAAAGUCUUGGGUCGGUGGGGCGGGGGGGGGGAGGAGGAGGGUACUCCCAUAUAAAAGUGAUACUCAGUGUUUCGCUUUGGAUAAAUAAUUUGCAAAGUUUGGUCUCAAUUAGGGUGUUUGGGACAGAUAGUCACCAUAUUUUCCCAUUCAGGUAUUGUUUAGGGCUAAAAAUGCUGUGAUACUGACCAUGUAGAAAUCUCCUUUAGGAGUCAGUUUAAGUUUGAGCCACACCCACAUUGGUCUUCCUUAGGGGGUUUAAUUUUAAUUUUCAGAUGAACAUCCCCAUCACUUUUAUAUGGGAGUCCCCCUCCCCCCAGGGAAAAGCAGCACGUUUCUUUAACCACCCCAUAUUGUCUUGUGCAGCAUAAAGAGUGCCUUUGAUAAGCUAUCUGAUAGCCUGAAGGAAAAGUUGUCAGAUGCCAAGAAAUUUGUUCAAGCAACUGUCAGCGAACUGUUAAGUGUACCACAAGAUGUGCUCUCUUCUUUACAGGUACAUUUGCAUCUUGGCAAUAUUAAACUGUAAAAUGACAUUACUUUAUCAUUAGCAUACCAGAGAGUAGUAAAGAAGAUCAUUAUUGCUGUUGUAAAUUAACUUAAAUUAUGUGUCAAUUCCUAGUAUUAAGUAGCCUUCGCCACAGACAAAGCUAAACUCUGGUUAAGUCCAUCUGCAAAACAGCACCGAAAUCCUUGUUCUAGGCCCUCACCUGUGUGCUAGGAUUUGAGCAUGUGCAAUGGUUGGCCUGUUAAAGAAACUAUUGUCAAAUUGCCAACCUGGAUGAAAGGAAAUUUGAAAUGCACUUCUGGUAAUUCAUUGAGUUUGUCAGGGCCCCAGAACAUGGGUAUUGGUGCUGCUUCCAAGACGUUACUAACCAAGCUUAAACUACGUCUGCAUUAGGCAGGUCACAUAUCAAGAUGUCACCUAUAUUAUUUGUAUCAGUUUUGUUAAUAAAUAGAUUGAUUAUUUUCCUUGUUGUGUUUUAUCUGUUUCACAGGAUAGCUUAAGUGGCAUGACAAGCAGUCAGUUCAGUGGAAUAAUUGACCGCCUCACAAAGUUCACAUCACAAAAUUUAAAGAAGCUUAUUAUGCACAUGAACCUAGAUUCCUUUUUUGCCAAUGUGGAUAAACUUGCUGUAAGUAGAAAUUGUAGUUUUUGAUUUUGCUUCCUUAAACUGUCAGGUGUGGCCAUUCGUGUCUGUCAAUGUCAAUUUAAUAAAUUUUAAUAAAUUUGUAGAUUUUUAUUGUUGUAAUAAUACAAUUCUCUCUCAGUUAUUUUAGAUUAUCAUCAGAGUAUAAUAUAUUAUGCACAGUUUAGAUAUUUUUACUUUUAUAUUGUAUAGGUAAUUCCAAUUAUUCAAUUAUAAAUUGUGUCCCCAAAUUAGUAUGGGGUUGUUCCCAAGCUAUAUGGCUCCAACACAUUAAUAACGUUUUCUAUUCUAUUCUAUUCUAUUCUAAAACAAAUAGGAUGUAUAGAUAUCAAUAUCUCAUUUGACUUGUGUGGUACAAGUUUUUUACAAUCUCCUUUUACUUUGUUCUUUUUUUUUCAGAGCAAGAACUGGGAUCGUGAGCAGAUGGCAGCCUUCACCCAAGCUGCCUAUCGUAAAUUUGGCCGUAGUAUUGAUCAGUGGUCAGUCAAAGCACUGGAGAGUAUGAAACAGUUACUUGUUGGGCUUGAUGCGAAUGAACUGACAGAAUUGGCUGGAGAUGUCUUUGACCAAGGGUAAUUUUAACAGCUUGCCGUUAUGUGUUAGGCAAAAAUCUAACAAUCCAAGGAUUACAAGACCAGUAUCAACAAGUUGUGUGCCUGUUUUGUUGUUGAUGACCAUUUACUUGUUCUGACGUGCUAAAUUUCAUAUUAAUGUAUUGUCAAGUUUAUUAUUGUCUGUGAAAUAUGACACAAAGGGUCAAAUGAUUGUUUGACGGAAGAGAUUAAGGUUUCCAUUUCCUUUUAACCAAGUAGUUCUUUAGCUUAAUUAAAAAGAGGUAGAUGAACCCCAGAAAUAUUUUAUUGUGGGAUUAUAUGAAUGUUUGCAUUGUUGCGACUCCCGUUAAUUUUUACUGACAUUUAAUUUUUUAGAGUUAGUUAUCUUUGUAUGGCAAAUUUUGAUCGAGACCAGAAGAAUGCAUUGAUGAUUCCUGCUAAAAAGGUUUAUGGAGAUGUGGCUAAGUGGGAUGAGAAAAUACUGGGUGGCCUUUGCAAUCUUUUGGAGGCUCUACCCAUAAGGGACAUUUUAAAGCUGGCAUCUGAUGUUGUAAGUAUUCAGAGUUUUUACAAUAUGAUAUUGUACAUAAUGAUUUUGAGGAUGAACAAAACUGACUUACCGUUUUAAUUUCUUGGAAUGAUUGUGUUAUUUGGACUCAAACGAUGGUCGAAGCUGGAGUCGUCCUAUAAUGUCAGACAUCAAAACGUUUCAUUGCAAGUGAAAUUAUUUUGAAGCAAUUGUAUUGAGUCAUUGGAGAAUAACCGUGGUAAUAAUCAUCACUAUAUCCUCCCUAUAUUAGACUCCCUGUUCCUUUUGUGCCCAUAUCAAGAAGGGUCAAUAUUGAAUGUCGAAAUUGUUUUACUUUGACAGGUGAGCAAAGCCAUAGAUGUAGUGGUGAAAAAUGAUUUCUCCUUUUCUCAAGCCAAAGUAAUCAUAGCCAAGCUAAAAGAACAAUGGGGACAAAUCAAGAGCUGGAGUGUUCCUCAGUUACAGAAACUUGGAAAAUUACUGAAGGACUUAAAUGUGGAGGACUUAAAAUUCUUGUCAAAAGAGCAGUUCCAGGUGCAGGGUUUAUUUAAAUUUUCAUCCCCUAGGAUCUCUAUCAGGCAACAAUCUCUCAACUUGCUGUGAAUUACCAACUUUUUUUAAGUGAAGCUUGGAGAAAGAUAUCUUUGUCUGAUUUGUGUAUCAUACUUACAGGCUAUUAAAAGCGUUCUUGGCAAGGUGAAGUUAAAGGAAGGACAAUUGAGGGUGUUAGCAACGAAAGCAAAGGAAAUUAUUGGUUCCCCCGACAAGUGGACCAAAGAUGAUAUUAAGGAACUUGGAAAUAUUGUUGGUGGACUUCUGCCAUCUGAGCUUAAAGAGAUUGGAGAUCAAGUGAUCAAGGAUUCACUGCAGUUUUUGAAGGACGUUGAUUUUAAGAUUGACCAGGUAAAACGGGGCGGUUGGUCUGAUAUCACGCACUAUAGAAUUCAAGAAGACAUACGUAAUGAAAACAUUCAAAGAGAAACUGCAUGAUUGUGAUUAUUACACCACAGCUAUGGUAAUAAAAAUCAAAAUUAAGAAGUUGUUUUAAUGUAAAAAUUGCCUAACAAGUCAACGAGCCAAAAGGGUGGAAGCAGUUUUCUUAGAAAAUCUUCAAGAUUCCUUUGCCAAAUUCUUCUUGACCAACGCUUGUUAUGCGGGGUUAGUUUACUUCCGGAAGAGAAAUGUUAGAGAAAAUUUAUGAAUGUGUAUCUUUUUAAUCAGAUUCGAAGGAGACUUUUUCUUUAUGAAAAUCCUAGCUACCAGUUACUUCAUAUUAUUGCACCCCUUUGUAGAUAUGUCAGAUAUAAAAUGACUUGCCGGCUGGGUGUUUUAUCAUAUUAAAGGUAAUAACAUCAAAUUUUUGCGGGUCAAUUAGUAUGCCUCUUCCUCUACUGCUUUGUAAAUGAUUUUUUUUCGUGAUUGGACAUACGGUUCAUAUCUUUUGCUCUUUUGUUUAUUAGGCACAGGAAUUAGUGGAAAAACUGAAAAAGUCUGUAGACGUAAGUGACUGUCCUUACUAUGCUUAAAGACGCUCAUUACAUGAUGUUAACAUCCUUUGUAUUAUCUUCAUCAAAGCUUAUUUGAUGUCUGAUUUGACAUUUUCGCAAACGCAGCGUUGAGUUUACAGAAAAUCAGUGUGUGAUUUUAUUUGUGAUUUAAAGAUGUUCUCUGGCGACUCUUGAAAUCGAAGUUAAUCAGAUAUUUUAUUAUUUCCAUGUCCUUCCGCCCGAAAAAGAUCUUCUUCAAACCGUCCAGUUCACCAGAGGAUCACAAACAUAUCUUAUUCGUGUGUUCAAUUCACAGCUGUCCCAACUGAAGAAGGAAGAUGUGAUAGCACUUGGAAAAGCUAUUGACGGUUUCUUGUCUUCUGAUGUUGGAAAAAUGACUCAAGCGGUUGUAUUUGCCGCUUUUCCAGAAAUGAAGGUUGUUAAAGACGUUGCUAUGCCUGUUAUGCGACAAUUUAUAAAAAAGGUAACUGACUGAGCAUCCUGUCUAUAGCCUGCCUGCACGCAUCACGUUUCCUAUUAUUGCCUUUGGUUACUUUCUAGUUAUUAUUAGUUGUAAUUAUACAUUGAUAAUAUCUACUGGAGUCCACAUGUAUCAACGCAUACAACCAUUUCGUUGAAGUGAUUAAAUUACAAUUUGCCGCCACUGUAUUGCAGUAUGAGGAGGAUCCUACUGUUGGUAAAAGUAUUGCACAGCUUGGAGAAUUUGCUGUGGCUCUGAGUCGUGGCGAAAUUGAUGCUGAAAACGUGGAUAAUGUUAUCGCUAACCUGGAUAAACUGGGCCUGAUUCCCUGGGAUAAAACACAGGUACGUCGUACAUUCUUAAUAGAGACUUUAAGAUCCAACGACGCGACGGCGACAACAACGUCGUUUAAAAAGUGAAUUAAUUUUGCGUUCUUUCAGCCCUAAUAGUGAUUAUUCUUACUCACUUACUUUGUCAAUUGUAGGCGAACCGUCCUGAAGCUGAAUUUCAAGGGGCCAUAUUCAAGCUCAGAAAGAGGAAUAAAAUGUCGUCGUUGCUUGUUUACGUCCUCCAUAAAACGCGAAAUUAGGCAUUUUCAAGUCGUGGUCGUGCAAAAAGGGGAAAGAAAUGUACAAAAAAGUGUGAUGCACGUGCGAAGUUGUUGUUUUGCUAAUUAAAUCUAUUGUUUUUUUGACGUUCUCGUUGUCGUCGGCGUCGUUGGAUCUUCAAGUCCCUAAUAUUUAUCUACACGACUGUGUGAACGUUAGCCUCCUUCGAAGACGCUGGUUGAGGGUCAUCACGCAAUAUUCUUCCUAUUCCAGGCGUUAAGAUAGUAGGGAUGGCGCGAAAAGAAGUGAGCGAGCUGGAGAAAAACGGUAAGGGGGGUGAGGGGUUGGGGCGCUGGUAGGGAGAGGUUGAGUGAAUGCCGUUCACUUCUUUCUCUCUCUUCCUCUCUUCCACUUUUUUUCUAUAGAGAGUGACUCAAUUUUGUAAUAGAAAAAUUUUCUUGUUUUCCUGUUUUCAGGUCUUGACUCUCGCCAAAAAGAUCAGUGCAAAGUGGGGUGACUUCAAUGCUACUGAUGUAGAUGAAACCGACACUCCAAACUGGGGAUUUUUGAACAUGAAGAAACUCGGUCACAUUGUGUUAGGUAUUGCUAAAGAAGAGUUACGUGACCUACCCAUCCGGGGUAUUGAAGACGUUAUCGAUGUGCUGGGACGUGAAAAAGACUGGAACCGAGGACAGGUAUAUGAAAAAGUCUGUUUUCUAUGUGAUCUGUGAUCUGUGAGGGUCUGCGGCACUAUCAGCGAACGGUUUGCGUAGAAUGACCGGUCACAUCCGGGAAUUUAGCAGGCUAGAGCCGCAUUUGAGCUACGCUUUCUACUAAGACCAGAAUCCUUCAGGGUUUUGCUUUCUUAUGCAAAUUAGUGCUUUUAUUAUUUAAAGCUCACUGGGAUUUUUAAAUUUAAAUAUGAAAGGAAAAACGAAAAGAAUUCUGGUCGUAGUAAAAAGACGCCAUCGUGCAAAUGGCCUAUUCUCAAUGGGUACCACCGAAUAUAAAUAUCAAGAAACACCAAAUUCUAGAUCUUACCUUCGAUAUGCCAGCUCAUCGGUUUUCACUGGGUUUUUCGCGCCAAAAACCAACCAAAAACUCGCCAUUUUUGUAUGGAUUUUCACGUGCGUAGACUUUCAUGGAAAGAUUAAAACGAAAGGUUUGCUGAAAUCGUGACAUCUCUCGUCUGCCUUAAAAACCACCAAAGUCUUUUAAACCAAGGAAUACGAUAAAAAGCUGUUUUUUUUUUGUUUUCCUUUGAAUUUGACCUUAAACCGUGUGGGGUAGACAGCGCGAAGAAAGUUUCCAGAAAACGUCUUGGAAAGCCAACAAAAAUUUCUCCACGACUCGGCUGCCAUCUUUCUCAUUUUUAGAAACUAGUUUCCAGUACUUUUUUACCGUUUUGUUUUUUUUACAUCAUGUAUGCUUCAUUUAGAAGUGUCAUGGCUAAAAAAGGCAAAACACUCACCCCCACCCGGACGGGAAAUUUAACCUUUAACCGAUGGAGAUGAUGGAGAUGAUUACUCUCCCGGCCUUUGCGAUGCUGCCGACCACUGACAUAUCUAAUGGGGACCUUAAGCAAAGGCGUCUUUGAACAACGCACGUCGACCGGAAAUGAGGCUUUUCCGCUGUUAAUAUGCCUUGAUGCUACCAAAUUUGUAUUGCUAAGUGUCUCUACUCUUAUGGAGACGAUUUACCCGAAAGUUCAGGCGAAAACACUGCCCAAGAAUGAAGAAAGUCCACUUGCGGUUGAUGUGCUUCGCUCAAAAACCUGUCUGCUUAAGCUCCCUCAAAAAACCUUUUCAGAGUUCGGUAAAAAUGAAGUACCACACCGCAGGAAACUGCUGCUAGGUACCUCUUAAACGGAUGGAACUUAAUGGUUUUAUGCACAGACUCAAGAAGCCAUAUAAUAGGAUAGCUAUGCAUAAAGUUUGUAAGUCACCAAGAGUGACAAAUUGAUUUCACCUGUCUUAUUUCGUUGAUCUUAGAUUGUUAUGGUACUAAUGAGGCUGCGAGAGUACUGGGAAAUGGAGAACCUUGAUUUCUCCAAUUUCACCGAAAUCAAUAUCAAUUCUCUCGGGACCUUUUUACAAGGUCUUGCACAAGAUGAGCUGAAAAAGCUACCUGAGAAGAUCUUGCUGACUGCUAUCCGUCGGCUGGGAGAACAAACUGGAUUGCCGGAAGACAAACUCAAAGCCAGGGCUUAUUUGGCAGUGGAACUCUUCAAGGUAAAUUUAGACAGUUUCCCAAAUCAUGCUUACUUUUCGGCACACUGCCCACGGCCAACCACGGCCCACUUCGCCACUUUAGAACCGAGAAGGAAGCUGGACCGAGUUAACUUCGCAAAGGCUUCUGGGACUGUUACUAGGAACAAAAAAAAUGGGCAAUAAACGACUGACGCCUCCCCUGCAGUAACUUUCCCAGAAACAAUUGUGGAAUGGUUUCGGUUCCAGUUCCCUCAUGUUUCAACAGUGGCGUAUAGUAAUGACCAUCUAUAUUCUCCGUGUUUUUCAUUUACUGCUGUAUUAUAGAUAACUUUUAAGAAAAGGUUAUGUAAAUUAAUGAAGCGCUGUUUACCAAACAGAAAAUGUCUUGAUUAUUUCACUGAAGCUCAUUAUCACCAUAUUAAAUGUACGAAGAGCAGUUUGGAGAAUAUGCUUACUGUUUUCCCAGUAUAACAUUACUCUGUGUCUCCGAGUUGUAGCAUAAGACGAAGACUGGGACCGUGGUCUACUUUUUAGCAGUUUGUAUUGUAUGUGAUUUUACGAUACGUCAUAGAUAACAUUAUUGCUUUAGCCCCAGUUCUAAAACGGAUAGCCUUUCCUGAGUAGACGCGUAUUAGGGAAACCAAUAGAUCGUUUUCACAUGACGUCAUCCCGUGGGAAUUGAAGUCUUUUCACAUGUUACAACUUUCUUUUAUUCCAAGCAAUAGUCCAGUUUCGAAUCAAAAAUUACCGCUGAAUACAAGCAUUAACGACGCAUUCAUACAGGGUUAGGUAAAAUGUUCAGAAAUUCCGGCAAGUAAUUGUUCGAAAUUUGACUAAACACAAUAGACAUAGUAAUAAACAGGUCUUUUUCUCGUUGGAAUUUGUGAAUAUAUAACUUCAGAUUGAGGCUAAGCCUGUAAAAAAUAAGUUUUCACUUCUUUAAUUCAGCGGUCAUAGCGAACUCGAAACUGGACUAUUUGCAAAGCUGCUGACCACGUGACUGAAAACGAUCUAUUAUGUUAUCCUCUGGACAGAUAAUUUUUCAUAAAUACCAUUGUCCACCAAUAUCUUAGCCCUGAUUAAAGGUACUAACCCUAUCUUGGUGCGCAUGUUUAACUCUAGCGACAUUGCUAUUAUAAACUUUGAUCCUGUUUGCGGUUUAAUAAAGAAUGACCCUCCUUUCUGCUUUAGAAUCAAACUGGCGUUGAUGUCCUGGACUCCAAACACAUUGAGGAUCUUGGUUCUUUAGUGGCAGGACUGAGCAGAAAAACACUUCGUAAAAUAAGUAAAGAAGCAUUUGUUGACAACCUUUACAAUAUUGCUCGAGCCAAAGGUUAUGACAUGAAGAAGCUUAAAGAGAUAGCUAAGCUGGCAAAGCAACAUUUUGAUAAGAGGUUGGUAAAAUGAAUUGCCGCUUAGUGAUACUGAAUCGGGAGAAUCUGUAAUUGUUCAUUUAAUUGUGUUGUAAGGAACAAUGCUUCCAAGGUCAUGACUUAUUCCUACAGUUAGCUUUCCUGAUUACGACAAGUCGCUCUAUUCACUGUUAAUAGCUGAUAGAGUAAACAGGCCGGUUUCUCAUCGUAUAGUCUGCUUUAAAUAGUAGCCACAAGAGUUGGUUGAUAAUCGCUGAUGAAUAUUGUUUGAAAAAUUAUGGAUGCCUAACCCUUACCACAGGAGAGAGGUUUUUGAACAAUUUUCUGGAAAACACUAAUGUCAUGAGAACAUCUUGCCAACCUCAACUACGCUCAUUGUGGCGAAUUUUUGUCAGAAGGUUAUCUUAAGAACAAGAAUGCUUAUAGUUAAAGUCAAGAGAUCUAUUGUAAAAGUCUACUUUGUCUCUUUGUAGUGAUGUCGCCGAGUGGAUUGGUGACCAGUGGCGCGAUCUUGGCCCAGCUGCAUUGGGCCUGGAUCCGAGUGAUCUUGAACGUAUCAAUCUGGACUCUCUUGAAGAAAUGUUGGAUGAACUGGGCACAUUUAACUUCAGCAAAUCUCAAGCCCACGCUCUUAUUAAAGCAGCUAAGAAGAAGUGGGAACAAUCUGGUGAGAACUGGCUUAGUUUUCUUUUUUUUUUUUUUUUUCACUUUUUAAAGCUCUAUAAUCAACUACGUUAACACAUGCCCCGUAAAAUCCUAAUACUCCUUGUGCAGGUGAUUUUUUUUUGAGCUUUUUUCUUAAUUACCUGCAAUUUUUUACUGUUCUCUGAAGCUAAAGAAAAAAAUGGUAUUUGAAUCUUAAGAAGUAGUGUAUAUGUUGUGGUUCAAUUUUAUCCUUAGUUUAAAUUUUAUUUUUCUUUGUUUUAAACUCAUUAUCAUAUAUUACCAUACCCCAAAACAAAGGAAAAUAGAAUUUAAACUAAGGACAAAAUUGAACCACAACAUAUACACCCAAUGGAACGUUUUUGCCUCUUAACAAAACUUCUCUUUUUCUACCCAGUGAAGGUGAAGUGAAUUUUCUAAACCUUUUAGCAACUGACCAUUUCUCACUGCAAACCUCUCGUUGCAGAUGUGGGUAAAUGGGCCGGGGAGAAAUUACGUCAGCUGGGAUCAUUGGUGAAGGGACUGGAUCUAGGUGACAUAGAGAAGCUUAGCAAAGAAGCAUUUGAACAGGCUGUGGGAGACUGGGGACAAUAUUUUGAUGUUGACAUGGAAACGCUGGAAGCCUUGGCAAGGAAAGUGAAAGAAGUAAGAAGUGGAAAUUUACAUUACCUUCGUAGUUUCAGCCUCUAUGGCGGGUAUACGAAUGGGAAUGAAGAAAAUAGCGCGCCGCUUUUUAUCCCUUUCCUCCCAUUGCGAAUGCCUGCCACAAGGGCUAUUUUAGUUAUUGUUCUUUAAAAUCAAUAUAAAAUAUUCUAAACAUAGUUGUCAUUGAAGAAAGCAUGCAUAAAAAUAAAAUUUACGUUGUUUUCUUUUUUUUUGGUAGCACUUAACAAACGGAGACAUCUCGAAUCGAAGAGCAUUGGUCGUGUAGUACUGGGUCUUUCUCCUGAUGACUUGGAAAAAUUGAACCUGGACAACAUUGAUAUCAUUGCUGCGCUGGGAAAAUGGAAUGAAUGGAGUAAAGAUCAGGUGCGAUAUAUCUGCUGUUACGUUUUUCUUGUGCGAAUUUCCUUUUUAAGUAACGCUUAAAGAAGUUUGGUGAAGCCUUCUAUUUACUAAUAGUGUAUAGGCCACUCGUACGGAAUUCUUAUUCUCGAAGUAUUUAAAGCCAAUUGCAUACAACGAAGGGCAGAGACCAAGGCCACGUUUAUAUGGAGAAAAGUUGUCCCGAGUAGAAGAGUCACCCACCCUCCUACACGAGCUAUCCAGCUGGGUUAGCCAACUUUUUAUCAUUUCCUGACAAAAUAUGGCGAACUGUUUACAUGACAAACAAAAAGUUGGCUAUACUAGAGGCGGGUCACCCUUCUAGCCGGACCAACCUUUCUCCAUAGAUACACUUUGGCUCGCCCAACCGAGACAACUCCGUCAAGGCAAGACAACCAGCGCAUGCGUGAGCGCUGUUGGCUCGGGUAAAGGGGUCAACUUUUUUCCUCAUAUGAAUGCACGCUAAAAUGGAGUCGACUCAGCCUCGUUCCCAGUCGUCCUCGGCGAUUUCGGAUGUGACGUCACCUGUCAAGCCUGUCGGGAAAAUUCGCGCUCGGUUCCAAGCCUCCUCUGGUCACUCGGAUAGCGCGAACAGGCCUGGGUACGAGGCUGGACUCGACUGGGUGGGUGACCCUUCAAACCGAGACUGGUUAUCUCCAUAGAAACGGACCCCAAAACACGGUUCCCUUCCAUUCAAUGCAGUUUCCCUAACCUGAUGUACUAGUGGUGUCGGAAAAAAAAAAAUAAAACUUAAAUGUUGUUAUCAUUUCCCAUUUGGCUUGUCCUUCCCAGGAUAUGCUGAGAACAAGUCGUUUUCUUUUUGCCGAUAUACUUAUUUCUCAAUUUUGUUUCCUUCAGCUGGAACGUCUUAAACCGAAAGUUCGGGAAUUCCUGAAGCAGGUGAAGGAUGAUGAUGUAUACAUGAGUCUGGGACAGUUGGCUGUCAGUUUGACCAAGGAGGACAUCGCUAAAAUUCCACAAAAGGCUUUCAGGUACAAUGGUUUUUUAGGAUAAAGAUUCAAAAUUGGAGUCCUUUCCUUUACACUAUUUUAAAUACUUAAGUAGCAGUGCUUCAUUUGCGUCAGUUUCAUUCCAUUAAGUUGUUUUAGGUGAUUUUAAUUGUUAAGGCUCGAUGAGGUUCCAAACUAGGAAAGGUGAAGAUUAUAUAAAGAGGUUGCGUUAAUGGGCGGUUAAUUUAUUUAUUUUCUCACGCUACUGACUGUUUUUAAGGGAGCAAAAACAUCAAUUCAGUAAUAAUGCAUGUUAUGUUUCACAGACUCGCGAUUAAACAUCUGAGUGAAAUCGAUGGCUGGUCGAUGGAGCAGUUAAUAGCGAUUAUUGACAAAGCUAAGAUCGUGUGGUCACAGAGUGCGAAUGACUGGGAUAAGGACCAAGUUAGUGAGCUGGGAAAAGUACUAAGUAAGUUAUUUAUGUGCCUGAUGAUUGAUCUUCAGUUGAGGCCAAUUCCUGCCAAAAAAAUGAAAAAGUAGUUUCCUCUUUGACGUAAGAGUGGAAUUUUAUCUCUGAGUUUUCGUAUUAAGUUUUGCGUGGCUUGCUUUCUUGGUACUAGUUUCCUAUCAUUGCACUAGCAGGCAGGCUUGUCCUACUAUUUUUUGAGGCAGUUGUUUUGAGUCAUCUUUUCAACGUCUUGUUUUUUUUUUUUACACAGAGGCCCUGUCCAUUAGCGAUGUAUCAAAACUAAAAGCUAAAGUUGUCGACGCAAUCCCUCCGGUGGUAUUUGAAGAUAUGAGCGUCUCUCAGCUACAGGUGAGUGUUUUUAUGUGAAGAAAAAGAACAAAGCAUGACUGCAGUCUCUUGCUUGACUUGGUAUUUGAGAUUGUGGGAUGAAUUAAAUAAGUAUUGUUGUAACAUGCUAAAACACGCGGGCAGUCCCCUUAUUUUCCCUACCCAGACUCAGCGCGAGGUCUUUGUUUGGAGAUAAGACCCAUUUACAGAUCAAGAUGGCACCUGAGAGUUGAUCUGCAAUUAACACUCCUUGCAUUGCACAAUCGUCUGUUUUUUAAAAAAGUAGGCCACUGUUAUUGACUGGCAUGACCAUCAGGCUAUAUUAUUGUGUUUCGUCUCUAGGCGUUUUCUGUUGAUCAGUAUAAAGCUAUGUUGACCCCUCAAGUGCAGGCUAUCAGCUCUGCCAAGAGAGACAGCCUCUCAGUAGCGCAACAAGAGGCCAUCAAAAGUGUGAUAGAAAGAGACCCUGAUGAACAAGACCCAUGGGGCCCAGAUGAUGAUGAUGGCGACUCCUCAGGUUCGUUUGCUUUCCACUCCUUUUAUGAAACUUCGCGUUUAUUACAUAAAUUUGAGCCGCUCUAUUGGUACCUGCGGACGUUGUGUUCGUCGCAAAUUAUCCAUAAAAUUGUCGGUUUUCAACAAAAUCGUCACAUAUCAAAAAAUGUUUUCAGGUGGGUUAACGUUACUAACGAGCUCUAACAACCACGACGAAGACGACGGAAACGAAAAAAUAAUAAUUUAAAAAAAUAAAAAGGUUUAAACAAAAACUCUGAACAUGUAGCACACCUCAAGCAGAUUUUUUCUACCGUCAUCGCACGAUUAACAUCAAACUUCGUCGGAAUGGCUUAACAUACAAGGUCGUUGUUUCAUCGUCAGAAAUCCCCAUAGAGACUCAAGAUUCCAACGCUAUCAAUUGAUUAAAAAAAAAAAACACUUCUGAGUAAACCUUAAUUUUAGUUACUCUUUAGCUUAUCACUUUCAAGAUAUUCAGUUUUGAAUUGUUCGUGAUAUCCAGAUAUUCGGCUUCGUGAAGAGGAGGUGAAUUAUCUGGACAAAUUAGCCAUAUCUUUCGUGUACGUGGUGAGUUUAUAGCUCACGAGCCUCGAAACUUCAUUUUGUGCUCAACUUCUUCCCAGGGGUUCGAGUUCGAUUUUGGAUUCCAUCAACAGCGUGGAAUUCGUCCGUUGGCGUGUUUUAACUAAUUGACUUUUCUUGUGUUGGUUUUUGUAGGAAACACAUCGUCUGUCUCUAGUCACGUGACUGUCACGUUCGCUAGCCUGAUGUUAGUUCCAGCUGGAGUUCUGCUUCGUUAAAACUCAGACCCUGAUGAAAUGUUUACUCCGCACUCGUUCAUAUACACCUGGUUAUAUUCAGGUUUUAACUUCACAAAAGGCAGAAGAUUUGGUUCAUUGACUCACACUAAUACUUAUAUUGAUAACUUGGCCCUUUGGUCAGGUUAAAAAAACAGUGGAAAAGAAAAAAAAAAGCAGAGGGUAUUUUGGGAUCAAAAAUAUAUUUUCAACACCAACACAAUAGGGCUUUUUCAAUGAGAAUUAUUUUACGACUAUUUAUGAUUGUACAAAACUCAGUUAGGUACAAUUUUGUAAUAUUUUGAUACAACAAUAGUUCUAUGGCUUCACUAGAGCGACUUUCGUAUGACCUUGAAAAAAAAACGCGCGAACAAUACAAAAACAACAAACGAACAGAAAUAGAGCGAUUUUAUUGGUUUAUCGAACACAUACAAACGCGCGUAGCUUUUUGGUUGAUUAAGCGAACACUCGGGUGAAAAAACUUCAUGCCCGAGAACUUUCUAGAAACCAACCCAUACUUUGCUUUGACGUCAUACUGCAACACGAUUGGCCAAUCGAACAAUGCCUACUCCAUAUUAGGGUUUUCUUUGGCGGGAAAACGAAGAGGCCAUGUUUUGAUCUUUUCAUCCAUUGGCUGAUAAAACAAAUAACGAACACUCACCGAAACCAUUUUUCAAGGUCAUACGAAAACCGCUCUAUUGUAAGCACAAAGUUAUUAGGGAAUGUGUUGCAAAUGCAGUGUGUUCAAGAAUAAAUAAAUAG